AUGGGCGCAGUCGAGCGGAAACCGCGCGGCGCCAUCGACAGCGGAAGAUGCGGUGCAGGCGGAACUUGCGGCGACGCCGGGACUGCUGGAGCCGAUGCGCAUCGAGCUGAUACCCGAGGGCUGGUGGAGCCAAUGCGCGUCGAGCUGAUACCCGAGGAGGGGAAAGUGGACAGCUACCGCAUAGCAGCGGGCAUGAAAUCCCGGCACCCCCCAGGCGUGAUCUACGGGCUCCUGCGCGACUUCAAGCGCGGCCCCGCUAUCUUCCGCCACAUGGACAAGUGCUCCUCCGUGCCGCAGCCCGACGGAAGCUUACUCGUCGUGCAGAACGUCAAGUGGCGGUUCCAGCUGUUCUCGGGGAAAUUCGACCUGGCGCUCUAUUGCCACUGCGACGACGCGACGCGCACUAUCACGUACCGACUGGCAUCUCCUGGAUUCAUGAAAGAUUUUGUCGGCACAUCAACCAUCCGCAGCCUUUCCCUCCCUCACGCCCCACCAUCCUCCUCCUCCUCCCUGCCUCUCACCAUGAAGCCGCUACAGCCGCGCCUCCCGCUACAGCAGCGGCUGCUACAGCUUCAGCAGGCGAUUCCCCUCGGCCGCUUCCCUGCUCAGCUGCUGGCGUUCGGCCGAGUGGCUGUGGGCGAGCCUCGGAUCGAAGGCGAGGGGGUAGGAGGGGGGAUUAUGGGUGGAUGGCCAAGGAUGGGUGAUGGAGCUGCUGGUGCUGUGCCCAUGGUUGCGGCAGCAGGAGCAGUAGGAGCACCAGUAGCAGCAGGAGCAGGAACAGGAGGAGCAGUAGGGAGCAUGGGAGGAGGAGCUAAAAUAGGAGGGGUCGUUCAGUGGAAGGGUGGCGUGUCUGCAGGUGGUGCUUCGGAGCUGGUGAAAUGUGGACCGUCGGAUUGUGGGUCGGAGAUCGAGAUCGUCCAGAGGGUCGAACCAUCCAACUUGCCGCUUGGUCCUUUGACAUCCGGGCCGUAUUCAGGCAACCCAUACGGAGCCGCCAACGCACAUAAUGCAUCGUCCUAUUCUGCUCUUAAUUCUGCUUACGCUCCUAAUCAGUCGCUUCCCCUUCCGCCUCCGCCUCCUCCGCCCACCAGCGGAGAACUUCCGCUUCCCCCUCCUCCGCCGUUCCCCCCUCCCCCCUCCGGCUCCCACCAACCAGCACCUCCUCCCCCGCCUCCCCCCACGUCCGAUCCCCCGUUGCCCCCUCCCCCGCCCUUCCCACCCGCGCAUUCCGCGCUUCCGCCUCCCCCGCCUCCCCCAUCCGGCUCGGGGACUCUCGCACUUCCGCCACCCCCUUCCGGCCCGCAUCCUCCGUCGGCGGAGAAGGGCCGGCAUGCAGGGGGGGAUGGGCGGAGAGACAAGCGCGGAGCUGGCGGGGAUGCUGUUGGGGGAAGCGGCGCAGCAGGCGCAGCAGCAGGGGGGGCUAAGGACGAGAACCGGUUGAAACGGCCGUCGACGUUCCUGUGUAGAGUGAGGUUCACUAAUACCCUGCCCGAGCCAGCAUCACAGCCGAAGCUGCUGCCUCUGGGGGGGGACCCACACCGCUACUCGGCCUACCACGUGUCGACUCUAGAGGCGGACCACCGGCAUCGCCUGCACGUGGAGCCGGAUUUAGGGAUCCCAUUGGACCUGCUCGACCUAUCCGCCUACUGCGCCCCGCCCCCCUCUCAGCGCCCACCACUCCACCCGGCAGACGCGGAACUCCUGAGGGACGAUGAUGCGAGUGUGAAGCACAGGGAGGGCGCGGGGGCAGCAGCAGGGGGGGCGGGUGCGUUGCGAGUGAAGGAGAGACCUACUGAUGCUGGGCUGAGCUGGCUCGUGCACACUCAGUACAUCUCCGCUGCUGGCUCUGGCAGUGCUCCCAAGAAGGCUCUGGCAGUGCUCCUAAGAAGCUGGCUGGUGCACACUCAGUACAUCUCCGCUGCUGGCUCUGGCAGUGCGCCUAAGAAGGGAGGGCAGAUCCGGUACAUCGAGGAAUCUUUUCAGGCUGCCCGGAAGCCGCCCGUGCACCCGUCAAACCCGAGCCUGGAGGCAGUGGAGGUGUUGCCGGUGCUGCCGCUGUUCUCCCUGGCGGGCCGCCAGUUUGUGCACCUCGUGUUUGACGACACGCCUCUUGCGGAUUCGCCUGCACACAUGCACUUGAAGGAGGAGCAGAAGAAAGAAAUGGAGGCGCGGGCGAUCAUGAAGAAUUUCAAGGUGGCAGCACCGGGGGGAGGGGAGCCACAGUCGUUUGUGGCCUACAUGGUUUCCCAACAAGCGCGAGCUGGGAGGAAGCUGAGGGAAGGGGAGAGUGCUCGGUAUGACUGGGUGCGAGAAUACCACUGGAAGGUGGCCAAGGGGGAGCAAGGUCGAGGAACCUUCCUCUUCUGUUUCAACAAGGACAGUGUGAAUUACCUCCCAAUCAACACGAAGCUCACAGUGGCAAAGAGAAAGGCCAAGGAGGGAGGCAAGGCGAAGGGCGAGGAGGGAGAGAGAGUGGAGUUGCCCGUUCCCUCCAAGAUCACAGUACGGAACCGAUCAGGGGAAGACGCAGAGGAGGAUGACGAGAGAUGCUUUUGA